GAGCAAAGUUACAAGACACUGCAGCCUUCACCCAGUUGCCAAUUGGUUUGGAAUCUGAGUAAAAGUAGUCAUUGACCUUGAGUGAUGGAAGGCUUAUUACUUUGAGGGAAAUCAUGGGUAAGAUUAUUCAUUCAUGUGACUUUUAUUUUAUCUUCAUUAAGCUGUUAACCAAUGACAAGGCUAGAAAUUCAAUAACCCUGAUCCAGCUAUUCUUAAGAUGCCAUAACAUGAGCUAAAAAUCUCCCAAAAAAUUCAUCUGAAAUAUGAUAAUUGGCUCUUUCAUUGUUAAACAACUAUUGCUGAUUUAAAUUAACUAACAGGUCCAAAGUAGUAGAACGUGUCAUAUUUGCCUUUGUCCUUUCAUUUCAAAGGAAAAUAUCACAGGCAGCCAAUAGGAACUCAACGUGAAAUGAAGUAAAAUUAAGUGUUGGAAAAUGCCAUUCAUCAACUCCUGAUUAUUUCAAGUUUUGAACUUGAUUGGAUCAGAGCUCGAGAUGAAGGGAAAAUUUUCUAGGCCAAUCUCCCAACAAAUAUCAAUACAACAUCAAGCAAACAAGUGAUGAGAAUGAAGAAAAAUUAUCAAUUAGGGGAUUGUUAGUUGAUACCAAGUUCUUAAGUCUUAAGAAUUGUCCAUCAUAAGAACUGCAUGGCAGACAGUAACAAGAAUUACUAAUUAGAUUUUGGCAGUCAGAGUGUUAAAGUGCCUAACCCUUUAACUCCCAGAUCAAAUUUGUAAUUCUUCUUACUGUCAACUAUGCAAUUCUUAUAAUGUUAUUUCAGAAAAUUUAGUAUUAGAUCAACUAAUUAUCCCCAAAUUUAUAUUUUUCUUUAUUCUCAUCACUUGUCUGGUUGAUAUUGUAUUGCAAUUGUAAGGAGAAAUUCUGUCUUGGUCACUCAUGGGAGAUGAAGGGUUAAGUGGAAAAUUCUCCAAUGAUUUAAGUGGGUUCUCACAGUCCCAUCUGUCAAUUCCAUCAGGUACUAGUGAGAGACUCUGGUGGUUCCAUAUGAUUUUGUCAGUUUUCGAACACAAUUUUUUUGAUAGAUAGUACAUUUAAGAGAGGAUCUCAGCAUCCAUCAAACAAAUUUGAAAUAUUGUGGCAAGUCGCCCAAAGUUCUUUUUCUCUCCUAAUUUCAUAUUUUAUAUCCCAAUAUGUCCUGAUAAUUGUGGCGUAGUUUUUUUGUAAAAAUAUAUUUCAGUUUUCGAGAAAUGAAUUUUUUCGUUCGACCGCUCAAAUAUGCAAAUUUUCACCGUGACUAUUACCCAAGUUGUGUGACCUCAUGUAACGAAUAUAAUUUACCUCCGGUAAUUCUGUCAACAUAAUCCUUUGUUUUACCACCCAAACUUAAUCCCCUGUCAUAAUUGAAGCUGGUAAAGAAAUAUUUAUUUUUCGGUGAAUAUUUUUGUCCGCCAUACUUUUCCUAUGUCGAAAGUAGCAUCAAACAAAGACAGUUUUAACAAUGACCGAUACGACAAACUCUAUUAUGCUUCUAUGCAGAAUUGAAAAUUGCCAGGCUUAAUCCUUUGAAAAAGAGAAAAGAGCAUUGUUUCACUGAUAUCCUUUCCCCGUUUUGUUUUGGAGAUACGUAAUCCUAGAAAAUUGCGUUGCAUUUAAAUAAGCGAAAGAGAGAGAAAUAUUUGAGUCGCGGAUAAAUUUCCCCACGCGGCCGCCUUCUUUCCCAAACUAGGGUGUUUCCGAAAUUGGUUCUUUAAGGGCAGUAGGGGAAAUAAUCUAUCGGAAUAGAAAAACCAUUUUCGAUUCUUUUAGUGAAAUGUUUUCUAGAGUUUGCAAUGUCACGCCAAUUCGGUGAGAAUUGAAUGUAGCGAUAUUUAUUUAACGGCAAAAUAUAGUCGUUUUUUACCCGCAACUGAUUACAGGCAACAACAAGAACGGCUUUUCUUCAUUUCUUUCAACAAAUAGGUGCUACACUGUUUCAUUCAAAACAUUUAAAAUAUGACCAAAAAAAAUCUUACAACAGCGCGUGACUGUCGACGCAUUUCAUCGUUGCGAUUGUUUUGAUAUGAAGUAUUAAGAUCAGAGCUGAAGAUCUUUAUUUUCUUAAAAGCUGUGUGUGUUAAUAUCGGCUUUUCCUCGAAAGAGUUGAAGAGUGUGGAGUAAGAAUGUAAGUAGUUUAACUCCUAUCCUCGUGUUCAUAUCAUUUAUUAAGUACAUUUAUUUUUAAUCCUUUAGCGGCAAGUGCGUACAGUACAGCUUUACAGACUUCCAUUAUAGGCCAAACGGAGUUCCAACCCAAGCUGCUCGCUUCUCAAACGAUUUCCAACGCGAAAACAGACGAAAUAUUCACUUAUAUUCUCAUACAACAUGGAAGAAAAGCCCUGAUGAGGGAUGACGAGACAUAUUAUUCAAGGAGUAAAGAGCUUGAGUACUACAAAAAAGUCAGCGGUACUCCAGUCAAGCGACGCAGAGAAAUAUUUCUAGGCAUGAUUGAUGAUCAGGAGAAUGCUAAGUCUAUUCUUGUCAUUAGAAAAGCAGGGAUUGGGAAAUACUUGUUUUGCCAAAAGGUGAUUCGCGAUUGGGCCAACAACGAAUUACUACAAGUGCGAGAAAACAGUGAAAUCCCAGAUUUUAAAUUUGUGUAUCUGCUCUCUUUCCGUCGAUUGAAUUUUCUUGAAAAUAACUGUGUGGCUUUAAGAGAAAUCUCAAACUUUUCCUCGGUACUGGAUGACAAAUGUAACAUUGAUUACUCAACAUUUGACAACUUUAGUCUUGUUCAACCAAUGAGAUUAUUUGAACCAUUCCAACAAGGAUUCUGAUGGGCUCAUUGCAGCGUGCUUUAUUAGAGUAUAGAGUAUGUUGACG